GCACUCUACAAUCGAGGAUGGAGGCUUGCCGAGCUUCGCUAUGGGAAUCCCACGGCUUUCCCAAGAUCUCCGCCCAUACGCGGAGGGAGUCACUCUCCACUCGUCGAGUCAAGGCUCACACCAAAAUCCCGAUGUCAUCAGCUCCAUGGUAAUCGAUGGUCCAUCUCUGGUGUAUUACGUCUACCACAAAUUGUUGGCUUAUAAGUCGCUGAGGACACCUACCCUCGUCGCUCAAAUACCAACCUACCAUGAGAUAAACGAGGCCUUACGCCAGUUUCUGUCCAACCUGGAAGCCGACAACGUCGAGGUGCAGAAAUUAUUCUUCGAUGGCGCGCUGCCCGAAUCAAAGCAUGGUGUCCGCCUCGAGAGAAUGGAUAAACUCCGCCAGCAGCUUGAAGCGUAUCGGAAAGUCUAUCCCGAGUUUCCUCCAGUCUCUGCUUCCAUCUCAGCUGUCGACUCUGAGAAGGCGCUAUGGGAGACCCCUGUCAUGUCAACAAGGAAGUCGACCCUCCCAGCGCCGCCGUUCAUGGUGGCUAGCGCCAUUGAGUCCUUGCGUAGCGGCCCCUUCAAAGACCGCGUGCAACUAGUCCCAGGCGAGGCCGACGUCUUCUGUGCCACGAUGGCCAAAGAAACCGGCGGCGCCAUUUUGACGAACGACUCUGACCUAGCCGUGCACGACCUCGGAGCUACUGGCCGCGUCGUGCUGUUGCACUCCCUUGAGAAGAAGCACAGUCUCGGGGCCAGUUAUGGAUCAAUAAUUGCAUUCGCGCUCAGUCCGAGCCACGUCGCUGAAAGAAUGCAGGUGACCUCGCUGCUUAGAUUCGGCUUCGAGCGAUUCCUUGACCCAAGCCUUUCAGCUGCCGUGGUUAGAGAGCGAGCAAAAGACGAUAGCAGAUUGGAGAAACUCCACGCCGAGUAUGAGGCGUUCUGCGAGCAGUACACAGAUGCCCCAACUACCCAGCUUGACGAGCUGGCUCUCUUGGAUGGCUUAGACCCUCGAAUUGCCGAAGCAGUCGUAACCUCAGACGAGUCGGCCGAUAUGUACCUAACCCCUAUUGUCGAAGACCCAUCACGGGACUCCUCUUGGGCCUACGGUGCCAGUAUUCGACGACUCGCGUAUUCGCUGCUCCUCACUCCCUCAGUCCACUCUAAACUCUCGAAGACGGUGACUGAGUACGCAAGAAAGGGCCAGCGAAUCACCCCGACCCUAAUCCAGCCCGUGAACGAGUCCCUGGUGCGGGAACACCUGAGGAUGAUGCUCCAAACGCUAGAAACACUGAAACCCCAACCAUUUGAGGGGAAUUUCGGUUCAGUAACAGCUCUACAAUGGUACAUCCUUGCCUUCCGGCUCGUGUGCGAGCAAAAACUCGAAGCAGACAAACCCACUCCAUCCGUCACCCAGAUGACCAGGCUUCUAGGCCUCCAGCCCUCAAUCGCGUCCCUGGGGUCCAAGGUACAAUGGGACGAUGUCCAUCUCUUAGCCAACAUGCAUGCUGUUCUAUACUCAUUUCGGAUUCUGCAGCAACUAACUCGCCAUGUCCUCAAGAAUCUCAAAUGCAAGUCUUCAAUGGAUUCUGGGAUUUCCAACACUCUGUGGGAGCUGCAUUCUAGACUCGAAUCAAUGCCAAAUAUUGAAGAUCUGUUUCUCGACAUCCCAGAUCUCCGGGCCAAAACGGCCGAUUUGGACCUCGAAGCUCGGAAUAAUGCCAUCACAGGCCUGGCCAAUUUGAUUUUCCCAGGCCAUCGCGACGGUAGAACGGGCGCCGAAAAGGCGACUCUUCAACAACAGAACAACACGACACAGGCUACAGACGGAGAAUGGAUGCCAGCGAGAAGCAAACGCAAGAGGAAGAGAGCUACGCAAGGCACUCCACAGAUCAGUAGAAUGAGCAGUAAUAUGUUUGAUCUGCUGAAUGGAGGGUAAACUGUUGUCGACACACGAACAUCCAACAACGAACAGGAAACUGCGGAGGUCGGAGUGAAGCUACAAUAACCCAGAUCCGGACUUCAGCAAGCAGAUUAGCGGACAUCAAUGUAACUAGGGGCACGCUAUGGUUGGAGACCAAACAAGUCGCCAUCUGCAAGAAAUCCAACCGUGUCCAAGCUUUCCCAGCCCCAACCAUUCAGAUCUUGGAACAUAAAGUCAUCUUCUGACGGUGUGAAUUGACCCAUCAUCACAUCCGGAUUGUGGUUCAGGUGAGCGGCGCCAUCCGUCGCCGUCUGAUCGUCGUCAGCUUGAUGUUGAACGCGUCCGGGAUUUUCAGCUGACUGGCUCUCGCCUCCAACAAACGCCGUCCGAUCUUCAACUUGUCUCACCACGGAGCCUGGCCUGGUUGCCACUCCGUGUGCACCUCCACUCUUCGCAUCACCUUGCCGUCUCGUCCUCAAAGCAUCUCUCUCCGCUCGCUCCCUUAGCCGAUUCAGCAGAACAUGAUGUCUCCUUGCCUGGCUUCCCGCGGGCGACAACGCCGCAAGCAGCUCCUGACAAUACUUGGCCUUGUCAAGGUACUCGUUGAGCUGGACAAACAAACCCUCCGGCAGCGUCGACCGACUCUUUUGUAUAACAAACACAUACAAUGUCGAGAUCGCGACGAGGGUAAUGUAAGGCUGAAACCAGAACCCUUGAUACAUGGUGCCCCUUUCGCUCAGGUCAUAAACCGCAUCGAGAAUCGUGCAUACAGCAGCGACGCACUCUUGGAUCGGCUUCAGCGCCCGAUCAUCCUUUGCCGAUACCGAUGGCGCCCUACGUCCCAGACGGCCGAAAUCCGCGAGUAAGCAGCGUCGUGUGGCGAGUAUGCGCAAAUGUGCGUACGCAAGUUUGAGCACCGUGUUCUGCCUUUCAAACGUCCUUUGUCCGGCGAGCGUCUUGUUGCGAGGCUUCAGAAAACCCGGCAGUGAGGCCCGCCAGUUGUCGAGUGCGUGAAGCAUUUCGUGCGUGCGCUCGAGAACUUCGUCUUCUGUCAACGGCUGAAGCGGGUAGAGGAGGUGGCUGUUGCGGCCCAUCAACUUGGCCAGAUCGGCGUGGGCGAUAAAAGCUUCCAGAUUGCCGUGCAAAGGCAGGUCUUCAGGCGAUUCAGACGAUAACAGGUCAUUGUCGUCGAUGUUUCGGGGGUAUUCCUGGUCGAUAUCGCCAUCGUGGAGAAUCCGGGGCCGGCCCAGCAUGACGCUUAGAUAAUCGUCCAGCACGUAGGCGCACCAGAAUGUUCGCUUGCGUGAUUCUAGGGUGACAAGGUCGAGUUUGUGUGCAUUCAGUGUCUUCCGCUGGAGGCCGAUUGAGGUCAAGAUUGUGCAAGCAAGGCUGAAGGAGAAACGGCAUUCGUUGAUACGGAACGUGCUCAGGAGAUACAGGCACAUGGCUAAGCGUGCUUGCACGCUAACAACUGUGGCAGGACCGGGUUCUUCGUCGAGUAGGGAUUUUGCUUUGUCAAAGUCUGCGGUCAAUUCGGGUCAGAUAAUCUGUCUUCCCACGAGCAAGGAGCAUACAUUGGAGAGGCAACUCACAGGCUCUGCUUCGGUUGAGCCCCUCGUCCCCACCGUUCUGAUACCUGUCUCCGACCGUGGUGUAGAGGAGUGCUUGCGAACAAACUAUCAAAGCACAAGCUGCCUCUGCCUUUGACAGCUGAGUGCCGUCCAUUAGCUUGGACAUCCACUUUUCCACGGUCGGCCGGUGAAGGAAUCGGUACGUAGGCGUAGCGAACUGAAAAUAACGUUCCAAAAGCGUGCUUGCUUCUUCUCUAGUGGGCAAUUG